CAUUGCAAGUCGCAAAUCCUUUCCGCUUCUGUCAGGAAAUAUCCGCGAGACGGACAGCGAUCGCGAGGGGUUUAAUAGGGGAGAGAAAACAUAAAUACUGGAGAUUAGACGUUGAUAUCCAUGUUCUCGAGUCUUUUUAUGGUUACACUCAACUUCUGCUAUCAUCGGUAUACACCCGUACAGGUGAUAUUCUUCUCCAAUGGCAAAGCAAGCAAUACACAAAAUCUUUGCGCUUGACAAAUCCUCAAAACCCUCCAAAUCGGAAUCGCAGCUCGAAGAGCCAGAGUCACGUGAUGCACCCAAGGAGAGAAGACCACUCUUGACAGACUCAUGGCUACCGGAGAUUUUAGCUGCUGUAUUCAGUAUCGUCUGCAUUGCUCUGUUGAUCGGCUUCCUGGUAUACAUUCAUGGUAGGCCAUAUGCCACCUGGAGAUACAGCGUUUCCCCCAAUGCAAUCAUAUCAAUCAUCGUCACUGCUGCAAAAGCAACAAUGCUCGUCUUGGUUCCAUCUUGCCUUAGCCAGUUGAAAUGGAACCGAUACCAAUCACCAACACUGCUUUAUCAUAUGCAGCUUUAUGAUCAGGCCAGCCGUGGGCCCUGGGGUUCUUUUCAGAUACUUUGGAGGAUAACACCAGGGCUAGCAACUAUUGGCGCACUGCUUAUGAUACUGUCCCUGGCCAUUGAUCCAUUUGCGCAGCAAAUUCUGGCUUUCCCCUCACGGAGUGUACUGGCUCACAAUGAGACAGCGUUUGUCCAGUCUGCGCAUGCGUAUGGGAACACAGGAAAUGGCUCGACAAUGAAUGCAGUGUGGGACAUCAACUCUGACUCUGACUUGACUCCCUCGAUGAACGCUGCUAUCCUGAACGGGCUUGCGGAGACACAUACCCCUCUUGAGCCGCAGUGUACAUCAGGGAAUUGCCAAUAUCCUGACUUUGUGACCUUGGGCUUCUGUAGUCAAUGCCAGGAUAUCACCAGCCAAACCAACCAAAGCUGUAAACCUGAUCCCCAACUCAUGCAAGUGUAUGGAAAGAAGUUGGGAUGGUCAGAUGUUAUAUUGAAAGCUCCAGAUAAUUGCACAUACACAUUACCAGAUGGGUAUGAAUUCCUUGCGAGAACGCAAGACGUUAUUUAUAACCACUCCGUGUGGGAACAGGGGCUACAUAAUACACCAAUCCUCAGCACUAAGCGUGUCAAGUGGUUUGCCAUAUCAAGGGGAGACAGCCCCGCUGUUGGAAUACAGCAGCCGCUUGUGUCCUUCAUUUCAUCAAGAUACGCGGAUGAAGUCAAUAUCUACACACGGGACAAUUACACCGUGCCAGAGAAGAUGCCAAGCAUAAGUAUGUGUGCAGUGUAUCCGUGUGAAAGGCAGUACAAGGAUAAUGUUUACCUGGGAAGCGAUAACCGCCUUCGGCUCUAUAAGGACCAACAACUGAAACCGAAUGUCAAUACGAGUGACCCUAAUCUUUCGCAGGUCACAUUAGUCCCACCCAACCAGACGGAGCAGCUAUCCCCGAAUUCCAGUUAUUCCAUCGAAGCUUACACCUGGGGUAAACUUGAUACGACUCUGAAUGAUUUGUUAAACUACUACCGUUCUCUUGGGUCUCCCGGUCUAAACAGGAUGACUGCCAGCAUCAUUGGCGGCGUGGACGACGUCAAUAAAGCGAUGGAUUCAAUGACUACCAGCAUGACCGACAUUAUCCGUUCAGACACCACAGCCUUCACAAUCCCAGGGGAGGCCUUUCGGGAUGAAACAUACAUCCAUGUGAGGUGGCCUUGGAUCAUUCUCCCGACGCUUUCAGUGCUUUUCUCGAUUUUCCUACUUAUAGCCACCUCAAUCACAAGCCGCAAAUUGAAUAUGGUACUGUGGAAAGAUUCCGUCCUGCCGUUGCUCAUGUUUCGACUCCAGACAGAUUCAGCAGAUGAUAUUGUGUGUCUGUCAAAGGUCGAGGAAGCAGAGCGCAUUUCAAAGAAGAUUAAAGUUGUUGGUGCAAAGAAGGGUUCUCCUCUUGUGCUUUCCGAGGUCAAUGACUGAUGGUCUUCAUUGAAUCUGUUGCGGCACCUUGUUGGUCUAGUGGUAUGACCACACUUUUGAGAAAAUGGAAUUCGUUUGUACUCAAUAUGCCUCUUUUCAUUCAUUUUUGGGACAAUGUUUGCAAGGGAAGGAUAUCUCGCCAAAUUGAUUGGAAUAUUCCAUACUGUCAGCCUGGACAUAGAAGACCAGGGCUACGAGGGGGCCGGUGCUAAGAGACAGGUUGAGGGUGAAUAGGAUUAUGCUAUGGGCUUGGGAGACUGGAUGUUGUAACUAUGACAAGACGGAUGAUAUCAUUUCAGUUUUAUUCUAGCUUCAAUGGCAAUUGUGCGUUGCACCUAGUAUAUUACCU